AUGCUGCAGAAAAAACGGGAACACCUCGACGAUUCGUCUGACGAGGACUCCAUCCCUCUGUCAAAACGGUUUAAGAAGUCUAAAACGGAAGCAGCAGCAGCAGCAGCACCUGCUGCUGCUGCUGUUGCUGCUGCUAAGGAAGCCCCUGCAGCAGAGGAGAGUGUAUCCGUUAAGAAUGAAAGCAGAAGCAGCAGCAGCAGCAAGGAGGACAGCAGCAGCAACGGGGGCAGAGGAGCUGCGAAGCCCUCGCCAGCAGCAACAACAGCAGCAGCAGCAGCAGCAACAACAGCAGCAGCAGCAACAGCAGUAGCAGCAGUGGGGGGUUCUCUUGCUGCUGCUCUGCGCAGCCCUGCUGGAGGCGAUCUUCACGUUGCCCUGCGCCCCACAGCAGCAGCAGCAGCAGCAGCAGCAGCAGCAGCAGCAGCAGCAGCAGCAGCAGCAGCGGCAGCAGCAGCAGCAGCAGCAGCAGCAGCAGCAGCAGCAACAGCACCCGACGCAGCAGGCUUCGAAGCCUGCGACUUCUCAAACAUCAAGCAGCACCUAGACGCUCAAAAGGAAGCCAAGAAAAACAUGUCAAAGGAGGAAAAGGAAGCGCUGAAAGCUCAAAAAGAUGCAGAAGCUGCUCCUUUUGCAUUUGCCCUUGUGGACUGGCUGAGGGAAAAAGUCGGAAACUGCAGAGUCGAACCUCCGGGCCUUUUCAGGGGCCGCGGCGAACACCCGAAACAGGGCAUGCUCAAGCGAAGGAUAUUCCCUGAAGACGUGAUACUGAACCUCGGCGAAGAAGCCCCCGUUCCUGUUGCAGCAGAUAUGCCGGGCCACUGUUGGCGAGAUUUGGCGCACGACAGCAAAGUGACUUGGCUGGCGUUUUACCGAGAUUCCAUCAAUGAUCAGGGUUUAGGCCACUGUUGGCGAGAUUUGGGCAAAGUGACUUGGCUGGCGUUUUACCGAGAUUCCAUCAAUGAUCAGGUCAAGUACAUGUACCUCGCCGCGCAGUCCGGCUUCAAAGGCCAGCAAGACUUUCUCAAGUACGAAAAGGCGCGAAGACUGAAACAUUUCGUUUCCAAAAUUCGAAAAGACUAUUUUGCAAAAAUGAAAAGUCCAGAUCUUCUCGAGAGGCAGUUGGGAACUGCCACUUACCUCAUUGACUUCCUCGCCUUGAGAGUGGGAGGCGAGAAGGAUACCGACGAGGAGGCGGACACAGUGGGCUGCUGCAGCUUGCGCGUGGAGCAUGCGAAGUUUAAUUUGGAGACAGAAGAAGUCACUCUCGACUUUUUGGGAAAAGACUCCAUUCGCUACUUCAACACUGUCAAAAUAGACUCUCAAGCCUUCAAAAACUUGCGGGAAUUUUGCCGAGGGAAAAAGCCAGAAGAAGAUGUUUUUGAUUCAAUAAAUAGCACUUCUUUAAACAACCAUUUAAAACAACUCAUGCCGGGGCUAAGCGCGAAGAUGUUUAGGACUUAUAAUGCGAGCAUUACUCUGCAGCAAGAACUCCAAAAGCUCCAGCCAACUCUGCGAAAAUUCAAGGAGGAAGUUGAGCGCGAGGGUUUGAAGAAGGCGGGGAAGGCGAAGGCGAAGAAGGUGAAGGAAGAGCCUGCUGCUGCUGCAGCAGCAGCAGCAACAGCAGCAGCAGCAGCAGCAGCAGCAGCAGCAACUGACGCAGAUGACUUGCCGCUUUCGAAAAUAAAAACAAAAGAUGAAAACCCUAAUGAGGAAAUCCUCGACGUGGAUUUGUCAGAUGUGAACCAGCUCGUGCAAGCUGUGGCCAUUCUGUGCAACCACCAACGCUCUGUGCCGAAGCAGCACGCAGCUUCGAUGGCGCGGCUGCAGCACCAGUUGGAAGCAAUUGAAGAAGAUUUGAAAGAAUUAAAAGAAUACUUUUCGUUUUUAAACAGCAAACAAAACCACAAACCCUUCAAAUUCAAGUCCGAUUUCAAGAGCCUCAAGGGCGAGCCGAGGAAGUCCAUUGUUAAGGAGGGAAUGAAAGGAGAUGCCGUCGCGAAGAAGAUCCAACAAAUUGAAAAAAAGAAACAAAGUCACCUUUUAAAAAUGCGAAUGAAAGACGAAAACAAAACUGUGGCUUUGGGGACUUCUAAAAUCAAUUAUAUGGACCCCAGAAUUACUGUUGCUUUUUGCAAACAAUUCGAACUCCCCAUCGAAAAAAUCUUUAACAAGAGCCUGAGACUGAAGUUUCCGUGGGCGAUGUUUGCGCCUUCGAAUUUUGUUUUUUGA